AUUCAUAGACUGGUUUUGCGCCUAUUGACGGUAGAAUCUUCUGACCAGUUUUGUUAGGAGUCGCGAUACUUGCUCUAAACAUUAAAACGCAUCGCUUGCGGUAGGUUACGUUUUUUGGAAACAUAAGAAACGCAUCUUUCAUAUCAGCGAGGAAUAAUUUUCAAAAAACGAAUGGUUAAAUUACUACACACCUUUAUUGUGUUAGUGUUCCCACACCGCCAACAUCGCUUGUUUACUGAAGACAGAUGGAAGACAUUGGCAGCUAUUUUGCGAGCAACGAACAUCUGUGUAAGCGUAACAUGGGAGGAUGUCUAGCUUGUGGAUCUGUGCAAAACUGCGACAAAACAAAAUGAAUGUUGGUGUAGCCCACAGUGAGGUGAACCCAAACACUCGGGUCAUGAACAGUCGAGGGAUCUGGCUGACCUAUGCCCUCGGUGUUGGAAUGCUUCACAUUGUGCUCUUGAGCAUACCCUUCUUCGGUGUACCUGUGGUGUGGACUCUCACAAAUGUUAUACACAAUUUUGGGAUGUAUGUCUUCAUGCAUGCAGUGAAAGGCACUCCGUUUGAGACCCCAGACCAAGGCAAAGCCCGGCUCCUGACACAUUGGGAACAGUUGGACUACGGCGUGCAGUUCACAUCAUCCAGAAAAUUCUUCACUAUCUCCCCAAUCAUUUUAUAUUUUCUUGCAAGCUUCUACACAAAGUACGACACAACACACUUUGUCAUAAACACUGCGUCCCUUUUGAGCGUGCUGAUCCCCAAAUUGCCACAACUACAUGGAGUCCGAAUCUUUGGCAUCAACAAGUAUUAAUCUGAGUGUUAAGAGGGUCAGUGGUGUGUGACCAACUCUCAAAGGAGCUCUUGCAUCAUAGCAAGAUGAAUAGUUAACCCUAUGUGCUCUGUACCACUGGAGUGUGUACUAAGCAGUUUUGUACAGUACGUGCAAUUAUCACUCAUUGUUUAGAUGCGUCAGGUUAAACUGUAGUGGGAGAAUGAGAGAGAAUACCAUGUGCAUUACUAACUUAAGUAAAUAUUUAAUGUUGUAUUUUUUUGAUCUGCAUAGACCUGGGCUGGCCCAGUGUUCAAACGUGGGCCUUUUUUUGUUCUCUUCUGUUUUUUUGUUAUUUGCCCUCACUUCACACAGUGACAUGGACUGCAUUCCUUGUCACAAUGUAUUUUUCUGUUCUUAACCGGAAGCCUUAAAAAUACCAGAUGUAUUUUCAAAGAUGAUUUCUUCAUAAAGGUAGGGGCCUAUGGUUCAUUGUUUGACACACACUUAAGAUUGACACCCUUCUAAAAAUGAUUACUGGAUAAAAACUGGGGCCUUAGAACCGUUGAGUAAAUUUUACACUAAAUCUGCAUGCGCCAUUUCUGAAGUUUGUGCACGCACAAAUAUUGAGAUUUAUAUACCUUGCACGUGCCAAUCAUAUGCAUGUUUCCCCUUAGAAAUCAGAACUGUCGUAGAACUGCGUGCGUGAACAAGCAUUAUAACUUCGCCUGAAAAACGCCCCAUCGUUCACCUUUUAUGGUGACAAUAGCGCCCUUACUUUGGAAGUAUUGGAAUUAGGCCAAGACCAUAUCUGGAAAUGGCGAACGUGAUCAAAUGUUUUUGGAGGUGUUGGCAGACUGUUUUCUUUUGCAGUGACAGUUGCGGUAGCCUAUCUGACCGUUUCUGGAAGACAAACAUUUGCUAAUUGUCGUGGACCUGUAAACAGAUUUGAAUUAAUUCAAUCAUGUUUGGCAUUUUACUUUUUACUUUUUCCCCUAAUCUAAAUAUGGUGCACUGCCCCCUUGUUCUGAAACUGACUCCUUGAAAUAGAAAUAAGCUAGUAGGCCUAAUUAGUGGUAGCUGAGACGCACUUCAAUGCAAAAUAUCAACUUGUCUGCUCACCUGUUUAAAUUCAGCUGUAUGUUAUAAACCACGCUCCCUUUCAGAUGAAUAGAGCAAAAAACUUUAAUUCUACUCACCUAUAUUAAUAGCCUAUAUUAAUAGGCCCAAUGAAAUGAGAUGCGCGUUGGUCAUUUGUUGUAUGGCUGCUUCAGGAAAAUGAACUCAUGGCCAGAAAAGGUGAGAAAUUUAAUUUGCAAUAGUUGUCUAUAAAUGCAAUGUUUGUCUCGGAAUUUGACAUUACAGUGUUCAGACGUGUGUCUCACAAAUGUCAACGGGAAGAGGUGAACCCUCUGCUCUUCCGUUAACCUGCACUUAAGAGCAGAUCACAGAGCAAAAUACUUAAAGUAGCUUAUCUAUUUACUACUGUGAAGUGGGUCCAAUUAAAUGAGAGAUGGGAUGAAUGGUAGCCUAUCCUAACUUGUAUGAAACCAUCAGUCAGAAAGGGUGAGGAAUUUAUUCUACAAUGGUCAUGUAAUUGAGGUAAAGAAUAAAUCUAUUUCUAUAAUUAUUUUAGAUCAAAUAAAGGGAUUUUUGCUCUUCUCACUAAUGGUAAAUGAUUGCAUCUUAUUAUAUUUAGCUAGGCCUACCUGUUUUUUUUGUGUGUUUAAAAAAACAACCUUUUUUAUAAGAAUGUCAUUAUGUAUUCCUGCACAAGGCCACUACUAGGCUACUUCUGCCUUCUUACAAUGCAAUACUGAAACCACUAGCAUUUGGUUUUCAAUGAGUUCCAGAGGGCUACACUGAAAAUGUUAUAUUGAUCCUUGCCAUCAAAAUUAGCACACAAAAAAGUCCUAUAUUCAGUUUUUGGAAUUUUCAAUGCUCCCUGACUGUCUUGUGAUUUAUUAGUGAGAUGAACAGUCAAGAAACUAUGACUGUAGGUCCAUUGACUGCACAGUGAUUAGUGAGCUGGACAGUCAAACUAUAUAAAUAUAGGUUAAUUUUAAAGUAUAUUGAGUUGUUUUUACUGGGACCACCUUUGUGAGCUGUAUGUUUGACACCCCUGGUCUAAGGUUUGCGGGAGGAUAAGCACAUCAAGUUACAUUUUUAUUAAUGCCAACUUGUGUGAAUACUGGCACAUGCAUGUUUUGGGCAUAUUUUGUGUGUAUGUGACACUUGAGGCCCCUGAACAAUAUGAAAUACUAAUUUAGCAUGAUUUCCUUUGUAUAUUAAUAAUUUAUCCUUGUUACUCAAUCAUAUAGGGCAGGCAUUUUUGCAGUGUAUAUAGCUUGUCUGUAUAGGUUCAUGUCUUAUGUGAAGAUCAGAUGAUUUGUCAUAAGAUGUUAAGUGUUGUCAGAUAAUUGUUUACUGAGACAGGUCUAUGGUAUGGCUAUGUACCUACACAUGACUGCCAAAAUAAAAUAAACACUUGAGUAAAUGA